GCCCCAUUCCAACAGACAACCUAGCAAGGCCCAGCGACCGCCGAGUCCGCACUCGCUGCUCUCCUUCGUUCGCGUCUUCGUGCCUCUUGUGGCUCGGCCUCUUCGUCAACGAGACAGCCCAGGACUCUGACAGCCGCUUCUUGCUCGUGAUUCCGCGGCAGAACGUUCUAAACGAGAGGCAAUAGACCGCCCGUCAUUUGCGCAAAGUUCUCCGCGCUUUACGCAGCCCUCGGCGUCCGCAAAGGCCUCUAGGGAGUGACAGGACCUCUUUUAGGCGCAAGCCGAUAUCGUGGCGUCCGUUCAGCGCCUACAUGGGAUGCCUGCACCCGACGACGACGUAAGAGAACCGACCGCAGCCGCCAGAACAAACAAUAGCGGCUACGGCCUCAGACCGGCGCCAAGCUCCAUCACCUCGGGCCUGGGCAGCGUUGCAAGCGUAAACAGCUAUCGAUCGAGUGAACUAAACGCCGAGGAAGUGGACAUCGACAACCAGGAGUGCGCCGACAGCGACAUCCUCGAGGACCCGAACGACGGGAUGACCAUCAUGAACGACGACGACGCUGAUCUGAGUGAGGAGGAGGAAGAAGUCAUGGAGCACUCCAUUGACUUCUCCGUAAACAGAGCCACAGUCACAAAAGCUGGCGUCAUCCCGUGCUGUGUGUUCGUGGGCAGAGUACGCUGGGGCACUACAGACUGGGAGAUCUACUUUGGGCAGAAACAACUUCUGCGUCUGCACUUAAACCUGCAUCUCUACUAUCUGUUCAACAGACACAAGAUCAUGCGCGGAGUGCAUCUGCCCUGGACGAUCUGGCGCGAAAAGCGCGCCGAGAAACGCGUGACCGACGUGUAUGUGGUGCAGGACUACAUUAGACAACUACUCAAAGACCGGGACUUGCGGAAUUCAGAGCCAUUGCUGUCAUUCCUGGAAGUGAGUCCGUCACGAGCUAUGCUACGCCUGGGUCCCUCGCUGAAGGAGGGGUACGUGCACAUGCGCAUCAACGGACCGUUCCAGUUGCCGCUAUACACGUGCUUUAACCGCACCAUUGAGGCGCUGUAUCGACAUCUGUAUCGAGCGUGGAUGCGUAUCGCGUUCGUGUCAGCUAUCGUGGGCUUCAUUUUCCCUAUCUGUCUGGUGAUCGUGACGAGUUUGCCGACGUUCUUCUCUCCGCAAAAGGAGCUGGUGAACUCGGACUCAGGCACGAAGGAGGUGUCGACGAAACUGAAUACGGCUGGUGUUUUCUUGGGUCUAGCGGUUCUGGGAGGUAUUAUUUUCUUUGCUGUGUUCGUAUACAAGUUUUUCCAGCAUCGACUUGGUGUCAUCCGGCGGUGGGUCGUGCUGAAACCAUCGUGCUUUGCGGCGUACCGGAAUCGCAACGACAGAGAGCCGAGUGAAGUGUUCUUGUUCGACAAGAACUUUACCGCCAGGAAAGGAAGCUACAGACAAGGUGUGAGUUGGAUGCCGAGUGGUUUGGUCGUGGGCAGUAAAGCAGGUGAUAUCGAGAUCGACACGGGACAUUACUACACUCGGUUGACGGCUUUCAUUGCGCUUAUGGGAGUUUGCUAUGGUAUCAUGCGGCUGUCGAACAGCAUCUACGACUUUGAGUACUUGAGUCUGGACAAGAGUUUGGGUGUACCCAUUACGAACGCGUCAGGAUACGAGAAUUGGACUGAAAGCAGCGAUGGCGAGUAUUGUGGCUAUUAUUUUACUGUACCUGAAGGUAUGACGGUGUACGUCGAGAGUAAAGAAGACAACGCAGUAAUCUCGCAGCUACAGAUGCCAUCGUCGAAUUCGAUGACGGCAAAUCUUGGAUACUUCUGGCAGAGCGACAGCAUGGGCUACAGCUUGAACGUGAUCACGAAUGCAGUCGGGGCAGGUACGAUGGUGAGCGUGGUGAAGCCAAUUGAUGCGAAAAACGAUCGAUUCUUUGAGUCUGGCACAAAUUACUCUCUGCCAACUGUGGGGAACUUAACGCUGGAAGGUGUGGACACAGACAUCGAUGUCCAGAGCUUCAGCAAUGUCGACAGUUUCUGCGCGAUUACUGUGCGGAUCUCUCCUCUUACAUGGCGGUCUUACGUCUACUACAUUCUCUUCCUGUUUGCUGGAGGUAUUAUUGCACCGGUUGUUGGUUUCCUGGCCAACUAUUUCGUUACCUAUCUUGGAAUUUGGCACCCUCACGUGCGUCGAGACCACUGGUUCCGAUGCGUACGUCGUCUGCAGAAGCUGAAGCGUCAGGAAAUAUCCACACGGUUCAAUUCCUUUGCGCCACAACACAUUAGCACCAUUGACGACGAUGAAAGCGCCGCAAUCACUGCCAAGGCAAAGGCGGCUAAGCUGGCGAUUCCAAGCUCGUCCACCAGCAAUAUCAAUCAGGUAGUGGAUUCGGUGGUCAAGCAGGAAGCGGAAACGGCCUCUCGUAUGGGCACGGGGAAUCUGGGACCUGCCUCUACUCGUGUUGACAGCAGUACGCAGUCUGAAGACUCGUUUGAAGCACCAACGCCUCCUCCGAGUGCUGUGAGCUGGCAUGUGGAUGCUGAAGACACGUACGCAGCCAUGUACAAGGCUAUCUCGAACGCGAAGUACGAGAUCUUAAUUGCCGGUUGGUGGGUCUGUCCGGAUCUGUUCUUGCUCCGUCCAGGCAGAAAGCUACCGCCUCGCGAAGCUGACGAGGAUCCUGACGGGCAGCAAGUGAACAAGACGAUGCUACGUCAGGUGUUGAUGAAGAAAGCGGAGGCUGGUGUCAAGAUCUAUGUGCUGAUCUAUCGUGAGGUGAAGUUGGCGCUCACACUGAACAGUGCAUACACAAAACGCACUCUGAUGGUACAUCCGAACAUUCGCGUGCUUCGCGAUCCUAUUUUCCAGAUCCAAAGUCUCGGCUUCUGGUCUCAUCACGAGAAGAUCGUCUGCAUCGACCAGUCUCUGGCAUUCGUGGGUGGAUUGGACUUGUGCUUCGGCCGAUAUGACCAUCAUGGUCACCCGAUCAACGACUCUGGCGCUGAUCCUGUCUGGAGAGGCAAGGACUACUCGAACCCGAUUAUUAAGGAUUUUGUUCGCGUGAACAAGCCAUUUGAGGACCUCAUUGAUCGAUCUUCGCAGCCGCGUAUGCCCUGGCAUGACGUACAUUGCAGCAUUUCCGGACCGCCAGUGCAGGACAUAGCUUAUCACUUCAUCCAGCGAUGGAACUUCGUGUGCUCGAAGAAUGACUACCAGCUGCGAACAGGAUGGUGCAUUUGCUUCCGCUCACGGCGCUUCAAGUUCCUGCCGAAGUGCCUUGUGCCCAUGGACUUCAAUGGUUGGACGCUGCAGUACCCGUCUUCAGACCCUGAACCGAUGCGCGAUGGAUCCACUCGGACAACUAUUCCCCUUGUUCGCGAGGACUCGUUGAGUAUGGUGGAGCCCUUCCAAGUGGUGCAGUCGGUGAACCCUAUGUAUCCGUGUGCUGCUACAGGUCCUCAAUGGCCUCCAACCACUUCAUUGCACCCACUGAACCCGAUGCGACCACCUCUCACGAGUGCUUCGACGAAUACUGGUCCACUAGACGAUGGCGAGGUGCUCCGUGCUCAGCGUGGCGAGUCUAUUCUGCAAGUUUUCCACCCGAGCGCUAAUAUCUGCAACAUUCAAGUAUGCCGCUCAGUGUCCAUGUGGUCAGCUGGUGUGCCUACUGAGGCUAGUAUUCAAGCGGCCUACAUGGAUGUGAUCGCCAAUUCGAAGCACUUCUUGUAUAUCGAGAACCAGUUUUUUGUGUCAGGAAUGGACGGCAAUGGAAUCGUACGCAACCGGAUCUUACAAGCCUUGGUGGAUCGUAUCGAGCGUGCUGUACAGCGUGACGAAAAAUUCCGAGUGUAUGUGGUGAUGCCGCUGUUACCUGCAUUCGAGGGCAAUAUUCGCAGUCACGAGCUCACAAACCUUCACGCAGUGAUGCACUGGCAGUUUGCCACUAUUUGCCGUGGCCGAUACAGUUUGUUCGAGGCGCUGAAGGGCGUGACAAACCACCCUGAGAACUACGUAGCUUUCUUCGGAUUGCGCAACUACGGCAUUAUGCCUAACGGCUGCGUUUCCACCGAGCAGAUCUACAUUCACAGCAAGCUCAUGAUCGCAGACGAUCGAUUGGCUAUCAUCGGCAGCGCGAACAUCAACGACCGCAGUAUGAAUGGUGACCGGGACUCGGAGAUUGCUCUGGUGAUCGAGGAUAUGCAGUAUGAGGACGGUGUGAUGAAUGAGAAACCCUACCGACGGGGUGUUGCAGCCAGCAAGCUCCGCUUACAGCUCUUCCGCGAGCACUUAGGCCUGACCGAUGAUGAUCUCUCUGUGUCGGACCCAACAGCAGAUCGCACGUGGAAUAACAUCAAGUCAACCGCCUCGAGCAACAGUAAGAUCUUCGAGGCCGUGUUUGACUGCGCGCCUUCAAACCGCAUGCGCGCGUUUGUGAACUUCCAGAGCAUCGAAGUAACGCAGAUCUUCGAAAAUCAGCGUAUGAAUGUGCUCAAGGUACCCGGUCGAUCUCAUGUAUGGGAUGCUCAGAACCUGAAGGAAGGAGACUAUGCACCAUGGACUGAUGUCAACGGUGUGCCCAUUGCGGCAGAUCGCGUGGAUCUCAGAGACUUCGAGGUGGACAACUACAGGGACAAGAAGAAGAAGCUGUUCUCCAUGGAUCACGAUGGUUGGUGCUAUGCGCGUAACUUCUCAAUCUUCCAGGAGGUGCGCACAAUGAAGACGGAUUACAAGAAACGAGAGAAGCUUCAGCAUCUUGUAGCGGAUCGUUUGAUGGCUCAAGUUCGUCGACGUCGAUGGGUCAAGAAGGGUUUCCUACCUCCUCGGGAUCCUCGUGAGAGCUCGUUCAGUAUUGCCAGUGAUGAUGAAGAGCAUGGACGGUUCUACUCGCUCUGGCGAAGACUGCAACAGGGUGAUUUCAGUCGCUCCAACUCUGUCAGCACUCCGACAAAUUUCAGUCAAUUGGACACGGACGGUGGCAUUUCUGGUAGCGUGAGUGUCGGAGGCGCUACUCAUGGUCGUCGUCUAUACAAUUCGAAUUCGAUGCCGUCAAACGCUUCAAUCCUCGGGGAUAAUCCGACCGCACGACCUGCUGUACUUGGGGAUGCACCAUCAUACCCGAACUCGCCCAGUGUUUCGAGCUUCCAGCAUACGCCUCAAAGUCCAGCCAUUGCAACUGGAGCACGCAGUGUACGCAGCGCCCGAACGUCGUCUCUCUUGGGUACUGGUGCAGGUGUCAGAACUCGCGGUAAUACUCGCAGCGCGCGAGGCAGCUUUUACGGCAUGUUCAGUGUUACAGGCAAUCGGAAUCUCGACACAGAUGACGAAUCCAGCGAUGCUGGGAGCGACUACGGAGGCGGUCACGGCAUUCGCGCAUCACUCAAGCGAUGGUACUCGACGAUGGACGUGCUGGACUUCGGACGUCGCUCCAAGUUCAACGCCGAGUACUUUGACACAGACGAUGACCGUUUGCACAGUGACGACCCGCUUCUGGAAGAUGGCAGAGGUAGCUACCACGCUGCGACUCGCGAUGGUCUCCUUACUGAAGAGGCUGUAGAAGGAUCGGACGAUGAAGACGCUGAGUGCCAGAUCGGCCAUGUGCAGACAGCAGCCACAGUCCGCAAGGAGGACGAGACGCGUGCUCGUGGUCAACUCUCGGAGAUCCGUGGUCAUCUUGUGGAAUUCCCGCUGGACUUCCUAGUCGAAGAAAUCCUCAAGCCGUCGGUCCUGCCCGCCGACAUUCAUAUUUAAGCAAAUGACGGUGUGUCGAGCUUACAUAGCAAACAGGGAAGGUGUCAAUGAUGCCAUGCACGUACGAUAGAUAGGUCUGGCAAAUUUACUAUUUUUGAGUUUUUGUGUUUUA